GAGCCCUUCUGGUUCAGCUGGUCCCACCCUGGGUGCUGCUCUAUAUCUACAGUCCCACAUAGGACGAACUAGCCACCUCUGAGCCCCAGGACGACAAGCUGGGUUUGUUCUCACAGGAGCUGCAGCACAGAGACUGGGAAACAUGGUUCCAAAGCUGUGCGAUUCUCAACUUUGUCUGCUUCUAUUGGGGAUCCUGGGAAUACUUAUCUCAGUCCAUGCCCAGCCGGGUAAUUUAACCCGGGCUCAAUGGUUUAACAUCCAGCACAUAAACAUGGCCCACUCCCAAUGUAACAAUGCAAUGCUGGUAGUGAACAACUACAGAGGAAGAUGCAAAGACAAGAAUACUUUUCUUCAUACAACUUUUGCUGCUGUUGUUAAUGUUUGCGGUGCUUCAAAUACAACCUGCUUUAACAAAAAAACAAAUUGUCACAAUAGCUCAGUUCAGGUACCAUUAACCUACUGUAACCUCACUGGACCUCCAUCGCCUGUUGUUGCAAACUGCAGAUAUACAAAGACAACAGCACAGAUGUUCUAUAGAGUUGCUUGUGAGAAUAGAUCACCCCGGGACAAUGCCACAUAUCCUGUGGUUCCAGUUCACUUGGACUUGAUCUUCUAAGCUCCUGUACCAGCACUUUGUGCUGUCCUUCACCUUCCAGGCUCCACUGUCAUAGCCAAGAACCCACUCCUCCUUCCACCCUGGAUACCAGCAUCUGUCCUCAUCACGCCAGCCCCCAACAUCCUUCACAUUUGCUGAGCUGACUCACUUUGUCGACCUUGCAGUAAACUUCUUUGCAGAAUCAUC